AUGAAGGCGUUAAUGCCAAACAAAGUUUCUGAUUCAACAUCGGUUGAUUCAGUCAAACCUCUUCAACAAGAUAACAAUUUAGCUCAAAAAUACAAGGCGUAUACCGAAUUCAUGGACGAAUACAUUUCAUUAUUUCACAUGUCAAAGGCAACUAACUCAUCAGGUUAUAUAAUUCCCCAUCAUUGUGUCACUAAGGACACUAGUACAUCCACCAAAUUACGUGUUGUUUUUAACGCCUCGGACCCAGGUUAUAACAAAAUUUCUUUAAAUUCAUUAUUGUUGGCCGGUCCUAAAUUACAAAACGAUAUCUCGGAUAUCCUUUACUCAUUCCGUUUUAACGCAAUAGCCUUGUGUUCUGAUAUACGUCAAAUGUAUCGACAAAUUUUGGUACGUCCAGAAGAUCGCAUUUAUCAGCAUAUAUUUUACCGACCAUCCACUGAAUCCGACGUCGUUGAAUUUGAACUAAAUACCGUAACAUACGGCUUAGUUCCUUCCGCUUUUCUUGCACAAAGGUGCCUAAAACAAUUAGUUAUCGACGAAGGCAAUCAUUAUCCUUUGGCGUCUCAAGCCCUUCUGCACAACACUUACGUUGAUGAUAUUAUUACUGGUGCUUCGUCUCCUGAACAAGCCAAAACUUUAAUGACACAAUUACAAACUUUAAUGAGUAGGGGAGAUGAAUCACGGAAUAUAAAUAACAAUAUAUUGGGGCCAAUUCAUGAAAGUGAUGAAGUAUUUGAUUUCUGUAAGAUCGAAUUUUAA